AUGGAGUCGGCAAUCAGUGCGGAGUCAUUGACGACUGGCUUCAGCCCAUCUGCGGUCCGCACACUGACAGGAGCUGCACAGAUGUCACAGUCAGCCUACGCUCACCACCACCAGCAACACCAUCAUCACCAGCAACAGCAACAACACCAACAGUGUUCGCCCUAUUCAAGCAUAUUCAGCGUUUCGUCCGUAUUGGCCGAGCAUUUAAACGCCACAACACGUGCAGUCAGUGGCACAGCGUUUGGCAUCAGUCCUACGAGCGCCGCCACCGCAGCCGCAGCUAUGCUUCAUCACAGCCACCAUCGCGUACCCGAUCCGACCGCACAUCACGGCCCGCAUCCCCUCCAUCACCAUCACAGCCAUCACUCGAUGCUAUCGUUGCCGGAAAGCGCCGCUGCGCUCAGCAUAUGCGGCACCGCUACCCCUCUCAGCGCCAAUAUGUUGGCCGCGAUGACCGCCGGCGACCUGAGCUCACCCACGCCCAGCACCGACGGCGACAGCAAUGGCAUCGAUGUUCACUAUCACACCGAAGACAGUCGGGGCUCCCCUCCCGACGACCACAAGUUGUUUACGUUAAAGCGGGCCAUUCAGGCCUCGGCCGCCCAUUAUGUCGGCGCCGCCAAAGUUCUAGAGUGCAGUAGUCCUUCGUUUGCCGGCAAAGAGCAGGAAAACAAUAUAAUGAAUGGCAAUAAGAGAUGCAAUGCAUCGAAGAAACACCGAUUGGGCAAAACUCACAUCCGACUCAACAUAAACGCGAGGGAAAGGCGACGAAUGCAUGAUCUGAACGACGCGUUGGAUGAGCUGAGGACAGUCAUACCCUAUGCUCACUCACCCUCUGUCCGCAAACUGUCCAAAAUUGCAACACUUUUGUUGGCCAAGAACUACAUACUAAUGCAGGGGAAUGCAUUGGAAGAAUUGCGGCGAAUAAUAGUAUUCAUGAAUCAGUCGGGAGUGCCGUUACCGCCGGGUAUGGCGGCCACGUGUGCGGCCGCGGCAUCACUGCCCUCAUUGCACGCACACUUCAGCCAAGAGAUGCAACUCAACAUCCAUUCAAUGACCGGCGGCAACAACGGCACCAAUUAUGGCAACAGUGGCGGCAAUCAUAACCCCAAUAGUAAUAGCCCUCCGCCGCCCCCGACCUCAAACACAAACGGUUUGCAUGUGUCGGAAAUGAUUGAAAAGUCAUCAGCAAAUAAAUUGAUGCCUUCCUCGGCAGCGCUUAACUGUUCCCAAUGUGUGGACAAAUGA